CAGCAAGAGGCUUCCUUCUGGCCUUCUUCCUGCUCCCUCCCACCUGCUCCUCUCACAUGACUAGGUCCUAACAAAAUCUAGGGGAAAGAUUUGCUCUUGGGUACUCUCUCACCAGGCUUAUUUACGGCAACUUGCAGCCACAGGGCAAAGUCCAGGUGGGAAGACCUUUCUAUCCCCACCUUGUCCUCCCAAACCCUCUGGCACUCAGAACAGCACAUCCAGAGCUCAACCUGGAAGAGAUCAGCCAUGGUGCUCUGGGGUCCGGUGCUGGGAGCCCUGCUGGUGGCCAUUGUGGGAUAUCUGUGCCUUCAGGGGCUGCUCCGGCAACGAAGACCCAAGGAGCCCCCUCUGGAUAAGGGCCCCGUGCCCUGGCUGGGCCAUGCCAUGGCUUUCCGGAAGAAUAUGUUCGAAUUUCUGAGGCAUAUGCAGGCCAAACAUGGGGACAUAUUCACAGUACAGCUGGGGGGGCAGUACUUCACCUUUGUCAUGGACCCUCUCUCUUUUGGCCCCAUCCUCAAGGAUGCGCAGAGGAAGCUAGACUUUGUGGAGUAUGCGCAAAAACUGGUGCUAAAGGUAUUUGGGUACCGCUCCGUGGAGGGAGACUACAGGAUGAUACACUCAGCCAGCACCAAGCACCUCAUGGGGGAAGGCUUGGAGGAGCUCAACAAAGUCAUGUUAGACACCCUGUCCUUGGUUAUGCUGGGGCCCACAGGCCCCAGUCUGGACACCCGCUGCUGGCGUGAGGAUGGCCUCUUUCACUUCUGCUACAACAUCUUGUUCAAGGCUGGCUACCUGAGCUUGUUCGGCUACACAAAGGACAAGGACCGGGACCUGCUGCAGGCAGAGGAGCUGUUCCUGGAGUUUCGCAAGUACGACCGCCUGUUCCCCAGGUUUGUUUACUCCCUGCUGGGGCCCCGGGAGUGGCUGGAGGUGGGUCGGCUCCAGCGUCUCUUCCAUAAGGCACUCUCGGUGGAACAAAACCUGGAGAAGUACGGCGUAAGCAACUGGAUCACCUACAUGCUUCAGUUUCUGAGGGAGCAGGGUGUCUCUCCGGCCAUGCAGGACAAGUUCAACUUCAUGAUGCUCUGGGCCUCCCAGGGUAACACAGGGCCUACCUCUUUCUGGGCCCUCUUGUUCCUCCUGAAGCACCCAGAGGCCAUGCGGGCUGUGAGGGAGGAGGCCACCCGGCUCCUGGGAGAGGUCAGGCUGGAGGCUAAGCAGUCCUUCAAGUUUGGGGCCCUGCAUCGCAUGCCGGUGCUGGACAGCGUGAUGGAAGAAACACUGCGGCUGAGGGCCUCGCCCACCCUCCUCAGGGUGGUGAACGACGACCAGGUCCUGCAGAUGGCCAGCGGGCAGGAGUGCCUGCUCCGCAGUGGAGACAUCCUGGCCCUCUUCCCUUACCUCUCAGUGCACAUGGACCCCGACAUCCACCCCGAGCCCACCGCCUUCAGGUACGAUCGCUUCCUCACCCCCAGCGGCAGCCGAAAAGUAGACUUCUACAAGGCAGGCAAGAAGAUCCGCCACUACACCAUGCCGUGGGGCUCGGGCGUCUCCAUCUGCCCUGGGAGGUUCUUGGCCCUCAACGAGAUGAAGCUCUUUAUCUUGCUCAUGGUCAUGAACUUUGACUUGGAGUUGGUGGACCCUGACACACCUGUGCCACCCGUGGACCCCCAGCGCUGGGGCUUUGGCACCACACAGCCCAGCCACGAGGUGCGAUUCCGCUACCGCCUUCGGCCUUCAGAGUGAGCUCUGUCCAGGUGGCCUCGAGUGUGGCUGCGGGGGCUCCCGUGGGUCUCUGCCUCCUCUCACCCACCCCUCUAAAGCCCCAGACCACCCCCCUCCUCUGUCCUGCUUGUCCUCCCUGCUCUUUGGCAUCCUUCUGGUCACCUCACAGGCUGAUACUUCUCUCUUGAAACACUGUCUCUCAUGGCGGAUGCGGCGUAAUUCACCUCUCACAGGAAGUCCAGGGAAGGGGAAACAUCUGUGGGCAACUCAGUGUGGGGGAUAAUACAUGCCAUGACAAAUCUCAUGCAGUACAGACACCGGUUAUGGUGAGUCAUGUAGCAUCUUGCAAACAUUGGUCUCCACCCUCCCGCUCCACUUUGCUUGUUUUCCUCAACACUUACACUGUGGGAUUCAGGGUCUAGAACAGUGUCAUCCGAUAGCCAUAUGAGGUAAGCCACACGUGUAAUUUUUCAUCUCCUAGCUGACAUGUUUUUAAAAGUAAAAAGAAACUGGUGAAAUUCAUUUUUCUACUGUAUUUUGCUUGUCCUGAUGUAUCUAAAAUAUUAGCUUUUCAAUGGGGAGUCAUAUAAAAGUAUUAAUGAAAUAUUUUUACAUUUCUUUUUCCCUCCAAAAUCUGGUCUGUACUUUUCAACCCUUCAAACUGAGUGCUCAACAGCCGCGUGCUUCUGUAUUGGACAGAGCAGCUCUAGAGAAGGGUGGCCUUUCAUGGAGGAGAUAUGCAAGGUCCCUCUUGCCUGCCCUCCUCUCCCCUCUGCACCCCCACCUUGGGGUGAUUUCAACUCCUCACUUGGUUUCCGCAACCAUCACUAAGCUCAGAGCUCUCUCUCCUACCUCCAGACCCCCAAUCUCCCCACAGCGGUCUAAGAGCACCUCUGCUACAGUUCAGCCCACACGCAGAACUCAGCACCUGUUCCCCCCGACCUCUGCCCUGAACCAUGCCCAUCUCCUGGUUUCCCUGCCUCUCUGCUCAGGACACCAUCAUCCACCCAUCCACUUAGGCAGAUACAGAGGACACACCCUCAGCCCCUCCCUUUCUCUCCCCCACAGGGAGAGAGUUCUGUCAUCUGACCCCUGUGGUGCCACCGAACCAUGUCCCCACUUCCCCACCCCAGCUACCCUUCUUAGAGCUCAAACUCAGCAUCCCUCUCCACGUGGGGCCUCUGGACUCUCUGUUUACCCUACUUCCAGAGACUUUUUUUCCAAAAGCACCUCUGAGCAUCCCCUUUAUACUUUUCUGGCUCCUCAUCACCUCCCCGCAGUUGAUAUUUAAGUUUUGCCACAUGAGGUCCUCGAAUUUUCAAUCCAGUGCAAUUCAACUUUGACAACUUUCUCCAGUGGAACUGUCUGUAAAGUACAGUGCUUGUUUUCACUCUUAGCCCUGGGGCCGGCUAUUCCUGGAAACCUCUUGAACCUCACCCAUUCCAUCCUCUGGCUAGAGAUGGCCUCCACCCCACCUCCUCCCUGGAGCACCCCUGCCCCUGUGUUUAUCACAGCCCAUCUGUCACGUCGUCGUUUUCUGGGUCCUGUUUUCUGCCUCCUGCACCUGCUUCAGAUGCAGCCCACAGCAUUUGGUAUCUUAUUCCCUUCAUCUCUGACCUUAAUUCCCUAAAUGUAGAUUAAAUUACAGAAACCUGA